UCCGUUCACGUUGGCACCACCUGAUAUGGGCAAGAAUCCGGCUGAAGUUGAAUUUCGAAAACUUAUUAGAUUUGAAAAUGCGCUUCAAGACGGAAAUACAUUUGCACUUAAGAUGCUAGGAAGGAAUUUGAAAAAAGCCGAACUAAGCUUACUCAGUGCGGAAAAACAGCUUCAGAAAGAAAUAGAUUCGAAGAAGGAGCUUAUAAAAGAAAACAAUAGCUUGCGAGAAAAGCUGCAGGCAAGGGAUUCAGAGUUUAAAGAUCUGUGCAAGAGGUACCAACAUGCAGUGGCGGAACAGUGCAAGCGACAGAAUGCUCCGACUUCAUCUCGACAUUCAGUCCACAUGAAACAGAAUCACAACCACGAGAAUCAGACGUUCAAUUCAGUGUACACUUCCAAAGUGUCGUUCGAUCGAACCCAGUCGCCAUCUUUUUGCUCAGGCACUUCAUCUGUGUGUGCGAACGGAAAUCCAAACCACGUCACUCGCGGCAACCCUAAACUGAGACGCCUCGAAAAGCUGUUCAACAGUCCUUAGCCUCCCCCUCUCUCAGCUCCCGAACAGACCCGCUUGAACCCUUCAAAUGACCAGCACAGGAGUAGAAUCAAUUGGAUCCCACAGAAACUCAAAAGUGCCUUCAGUAUAAUGCAUACCUCCCGGAACUCAACCUCUGUCAAAGUUCGCAUCAGAUACGUGAUCGUUUCUACAGAACCGAUCAGGAUGAAAGUCUGAGCUUAUACUAAGUGAACGUCCCUAACUGCAUGUUAAUAAUUAUCUUCAAAAAAUUUGGGCUCAAACUGAAUGUUGGCGGAAAAUGUGAAAUUUGUUACAGAUUCAGUU